AGCUGACUGAGGUGUCCCAGUUUCUUCGCUAUUCGUCCCCGAAGAUGAAUCAUGAUGGUAGAAGCAAAAAAUAAACAGGUCUGGUCUCCGGUUCAAUUGGUGCGAAACAGGAUCCCCAUGGCUUCUGCCUUUGUAUGGUUCUCCGCGUCAAGAAAUACAGAUACACACAAUGCAAAGCGAAAGAUGUGCAACAUAAAAAUGAAAAAUACAAACCUGGUUUGGAUAAUUGGCUCGAGCUUGGGCAUUGGUUCCAAUUUAGUCCAUGCAUCUCUACGUACCUAGCUCCAGGCCAAUCCAUCAUGCACAUGCAGAAUUUUCCCCACGAGAAAUAAUUGUUGUUUUGCUCCCCCUAUAAUUUCUAGCAUUAGUUUUAGUGACAGACUUUUCAUUCUUUUUCUCAACAUUCAUAUCCAAGUGCAAGAUUCGGCGUAGGUCUACCUGUUGGAGUGAAGAAAUAUGGUGGAUUUCGAGGACAAAAAGGGCAAGUGGAGUAUUGCCUCUGCGGAGCUGGAGCAAUUGAAAGUCUUUUCCGACGCCGAGACGUCUGAGGACGCGUCGCUAUUCCUCCAAGCCGCUGACGCCUUGGUAGCCAUCGGGGGCGUAAACGCUGCGGGGCCGGGACGGCAAACUGCGCUCCACUACGCCAUCAAGCGACAGCUACCCGUAGAAGUGGUUUCAAAACUCGCCAGCGCGCCAAAAAUCGACUUGGGCCUGAAGGAUGGAUGGGGCGACAGUGCCUUGCUCAUGCUGUGUCAGCAGUCGUGCGACGAGCCUAGUGCAGCGGUGGCGCAUUGCAAGGCGGUGUUUGAACUGCUGCUCGGUAAGAUUCUCGAGAAAGCGAAGGAUGAAGAAGACCGCGCUGGCGAAAUAAGGUCUUCUGGUUGUACGGCCGUGCUGAAAACCGUGCUGAACGCGCAAAACGAAAUGGGGCAGGGCGCAUUGCACAUUUUAGCCAAUCAAAACGCGUCAAAAGAGAUUCUCGACGAGUUCUUCAGGCAGGUGAAAAUCGCUGAAGCCUUCUGUUUCACGACCGCGUCGUCUCACGACGAUGAAACGCGGAGCGUGGAGAAUAGUCCGCCAAUGUUGCUCGACCUGAACUUGGCGACGCUUCGCGGCGAAUCUCCGCUGAUGGUUGCGGUGCACGGAGGCAUAUCAAACGCCAACAGUGCGGCCCCACCUCCACGCAGGUGGAAUGUUCUUCGCUGAAAAUGGACGACCACCUUGUUAUGUGGACGUUUAGAUAAGUACAACUCCCCGGUUUAGUAGACGAACGAUCAUCAUUGACGAGAUUUUUCGUUGUAUUUUUUUCUAUUGCAUUUGCAGGGCGGGCGCGGGGCCAUCUCUUUGUCAAUGUCAUGUGGGACGGACUUUUUUUUGGAAAGGCCGCUCUGGCACUUCUGGGUGCCUAGCGCAAGAGGAAAAGACAACUUUUGCUCAGCAUUUGGUGCGUCAGAUAGAAAGGUUCCAUCGCGAAAAGUUGACGGUAAGAAGGCUGCAUCAAUGUACAGGGGGCCACUUUUUUUUUGCGGCGUUAUCAGAAUUACUUCGCAAUCGCAGCGCACAUACUUAUUUUAUCUAUCACCUGUGGAGGUGGGGCGGUUUUUCAUUUUGAUACCGUAACGAUAUAUUUUACGACCGAAUAUGCAAGUCGCCAGACCUGGCGGCGCAGUUGGACCUUUCAUUGCAGCUCAACCUAGGGAAGGAAGCUUCCCUUCUUGACGAGGGUGACGGAGAUUCCGUUUUGCUGUACGCGAUUAGGAACGGGAGCCGAAAAAUAUUGCAAGACUUGUUUCUCGACAAUGUAGUUUUGCGCAGGAAGAUCCGCGAGGAGGAGCUGCUGAAUCUGGCGAACAAAAAGGGCACCACUCCGCUCAUCCACGCCUGCGCCCUCGGGGAAACAGAACUGGUCGCUACCAUUUUCAAAUGCGCGGAACUGAUGAUGGCUGACGAUCUCCUGGAUGCCUCGUCAGCAGACGAGGGACAAAAGCGAAAGUGGAGCGAAACGCUGCGCGCUCUCUUCAGUUGGGAAAGAACCGUUUGCUCUGACGCAUCCGCGGCUGCUCCAGACACUGCAGCUGCCUCCACGACAAUUCUUGCUGGAAGGGGUGGAGAAACAGAAACGACCACAGAAGCCACUGAAGAUGAACAACAUCUGGGGGAGGGGGACGACGUAUCUGUUGAAAAGCAAACCGCCUACGACCCUGAUGACAUUCUGGACCUCUCGGCGCAGGACAAGCGCGGCAACACCUGCCUCCACAUUGCCGCUGCGUUUGGUCACGCACACAUCAUUCAGCAAGUUUUGGAAUGGUCCACGCGAUGGAGCGGCGGGGCGAGCACAAGUCUGUCAGAAAAGGACCACUCCCACAGGAUCCUGCGGAAAAAACAGAAACUCCAGCUGAUGAAUUAUGCGAGAAAAAACCACACAGUCAUAGUACUCACACUUUUGCAAGUCUUGCAUCUUCAGAAAUUUAUUUCUCUCGCGUGACAAAGUUCUUUUUUUUUCUUCGUAAAUACUUUACGUUGAUGCAUUUAUAGUAGUACGCAUGCCACCAGUAGAAUUGGACUUUUUGUAUUCGCAAGAAGAAUGUGCAAAAAUGUUGUAUUGUGAUCAAGUACAAGUUUUUUGUUUGGAUAUGAACCCGAUUGACAUAAAUGAGAAGAAUCGCGAGGGCCUCUCUGUUCUCCUGCUCGCGGCGGGGAGCGGCCGGUUGUCCGUUGUGGAAGCGAUUUGUCAGUUUCAGGAUGGAUGCCUGGAUUUGAAAACGAAAGAUCCGAAGGGCAGAAACGCGCGCAUGCGGGCCAAGGGCUAUGGGUCCGACGAUAUCGAGGCCUUCUUAAAGUCCUAUAAAGGGCCGCGACCGCCAGCUGCAGCAAUGAAGGGCAAGACGCUGGUGGGGGAUGGCGCCAGCAACAAGCUGUAGGGAUGUGUCUGGUGCGGGCUUCAGACUGGUAUUGGUGCAGAAAUGAUACUCCUACUUACAUGCUGUGAUGUUCUGCUUCUGUCAUUCUCAUAAUUGUCAUGAAUACGUCAAUGAUCAAUCCUCGAUUUCUUUGUUUUUUGAUGAAGCAACUGCCUAGCCUAGUGUGCCGGUAGAUGUCCGCAGCUCAGAGAGCUCCAGAGCUCAGUUCGAGCGCUUCACGAUACUGUGGCAGUCAAAAAAGGUCUCGUAUUUCUUGUUCGAGGAAGACUGCACCAGUACGUAGACCCAUGAUAGCCAUCUUGAUACAUUUUAAAGAUCCGCAUGUAUUGCCAAUCUUACAUAUACAACGACGAGCAUAGUCAUGCAUAUCGGGCUUGGGUCGCCGUGUUGAUGCAACAAUACAAUUCUGAAUGCCGCGAAUGUUGCACUGGUACAAAUGGCCUGCAGACGGCGCGCGGCCUACGUCGAAGAGAAACAAGAAGAGAUGACCAGACCACACAGAGCACGGGACGACUCCCCUCUCACGAAAGGGACAAGAAACCGUACCCCGGUUCUUUUGCUAAUAAGUAAAUCAAAUGAAAACUUCAGAUAGAUUGAUAAGAACGACAUGGAUCUUGACGACGGUGCCUUUUACAUCUCUUGUAAAGAAAUGCUCGCACGGAUUUGAUGUUGCCGUUUGUUUGUGGGCUCCACCGUCUGGUGGAUGGGUUCAAUCGCCUACGUGUCAUCUACGCCUUGCGACACGGCGUUUUUUGUUUUUGCUGAGGUGAUAUUUAUUUUCCCUGUUUCGUGUUGGUUCGUAUCGAGUCGUGCCGGAGAAGAAAAUCGGCUGUUUCGGAGCUCAGAGAUGAGAGUGGGUGUACUACGCAAGGAACAAGCGUAGGACCUCUUGUCGUCGUGCGAUAGUACGCUCAUCAUGUGAGUGAGCGAACGAGAGGGCAGUAGCAGUUUGCAC